AGCCGUUGGGUUCAAAAACUACCGGGCGCCCGUCCUUUUCCGCUUUUCGCGCCAUGCGCUGCACGGCCACGGGCUGUGCCGUGCUCGGGGCUUUCUUGGCGCAGCUGCUGGCCCUGGGCGUGCCAGGGCGCGCGAUGUGGGCGUGGUCCAGCAGCCCGCCCAAGUGCAAGCUGCCGCAGGCCGCCGCCUGGACCUUCAACGGCGCCACCACAGUGACAGCGGGCACCGUGGCCACGGUGAGUUGCAGCGCGAGCGGUGCGUCACCCUCCACGAGCACGGUGAGCUGCCCCUCCAGCACGGGGGUCAGCGGUGACAGUUGGUGGGGCACUUGUGGCUAUGGGAACUCCUGCGUGAGUGACCUGGAAAUCGGUGCCAGCAUUUCCUGCACUGCCGCAACAACCACGGUAAGCACCACGACAACAACAGAGAGUAGCACCACGACGACAGGCACAACGGAGGCUAGCACCACAACGAUGUCAGGAACAGAGGGUAGCACAACCACGAUGUCGGCAGCAGAGGAUAGCACCACGACGAUGUCGACAACAGAGGAAAGCACCACGACGAUGUCGACGACGGUUGGUAGCACCAAUGGAGCGACCACCACGGUCAGAGUUCAAGUUGGAGCAGCCUUUGGCAGCAGCGCUGGCCUUUGCUUCACAGCGGUGCUGCUGGCGUUGGCUUGAGCCCGUAGGCACCAACGCGAGAAGUUCGGGUUUGGGGAAUCCAUGGGCGGCCAUGAGGUUGUUGCUUUUCCUGGCAUGCGGUGAGAUGAGGCUUCCCUCCGCUUGAAUCUUUCUAGUUGAGUUUGAUGCGAAUACCUUUCAAAAGCCAUCAGGCCCACAGCGCCUGCCUGUAAUGCUGAUCAAUGAUCAUCAUUUGUCAAGCCGUUGCGAAGACUGGGCGGAUUCCUUGAAAUGGCAGCGCGGUGCAGAACAUGCCCGAUCUGUCAGCAAGAUAUUUGCACGUGUGCUGGUUUGGCGAUA